AUGAGGGGGGUUCUGUGGCUUUGUUCCGCCCCCCUGACACCUCUUGGUAGCGGUCCCUUGUCCGUUUCAAUCUAUCCCGCCUUCCGCCGAUCCUCAGUGCUCCCGGCUGUAACAAACUCAAAGUCUAUUAAAGCACGCAGCUUGAAGGCCGGAUCGCCAAUAUUUGGUAAGGUGAAGACGAAGACCAAGGAAACGCAGGAUUCAUAUACCGUCUUGGGCGAAGAAAGGGGAUCAUCGGCAGCCAGCCAAGGUUGGGGUACAUCUGGCACUGUACAUCCAGUACAUCCAGCAAGCCGGCAAACAAGAGACUUAGAAAGUCUAGGAAGUGCCGGAGCUGCAGCAGGCCGGGUGAAGAACCUGGGCGUCGUCGUGAAGUUUUCCGCACCCCGGUCGCCACACACAGGCUCCAGAUACCGCAAAAAGCAACUACACGCGCACUGUUUAGCAAUAUGCGAAACCGCAUGUUUGUGGCCAAUCAUGAGCUUUUUCCAAGCCAUUUUCCUAUUCGUACAAUCCGUGGUUGUGAUGUUGGAUGCGCCCUCUAACGCCUCCCCUCUGCUAUAG